GGCUGCGAGAAGACCUACUGCGACGCCCGUAGUCUGCGUCGCCACAAAGAGAACCACCACCCGCCCGGUCCGAUUAGCGGCCAAAAUCCCCAGUCUUUACAAACCCUGGCGUUCAUACCGGGAAUUGCGCUCAACUUUUCGACCGCCAACGUCGGACUCACCCCCAAUCAGGCCCUCAAUCGUAUUCAGUACGCGCCGCCGCCACCACCACCUCAAGCGCCUGUCCCCCAAUCGAUCUCUCCUCAGUCAGUGGUGUCGACGAUCACUAAUACGACGGAACAGUCGGCGGCCACUCAACUGCAACGGCUGGCCCUUCACAAGCACGACAACAACAUCCACAACCAGAUGAAUGAUAAGUGGGGGUCAAGGGAUGUGCCCACACCUCCCAAAUGGCAUCAAAACACGUCUGUCAUAAACAAGACGUCGUUCGCAAACAACACAGAAAUCGGGAAACAGUUAUUGAAACAGGAGUUGAACCAUAAGAUGCAGACAAACGCGGUUCUCAUGAAUCCGGACUCACCCGAGAACGCACUGCUCCACCAACUGCUCACUCAGUCGACGCACAGUCCCGGUCAGGAGCACCACUUCAAAGCCGACAAACCUCAACAACAGCCUCAGCCGCAACCGCCUCCACUCUUCCACCACGUGCCACAACACAGUCAACAACACCAACAGUCCCUUCCCGCUCAUCACCCGCACCCACAACAACAACAGUCCGCACAACACCCGACGCAUCACAAUCAACAGCCACCGCCACUACAUCCGCACCAUUCGUCGCAUCCGCACCACAAACACGAGUCCAGCCAUCAGUCCUUCAGACCUCAGCCCCAACCACCACAACAGUCAAUGCAAACCUUACCCACAAAUGAGUCACAACCGCAACAACAGCCACACCAACAGCAAACCCCGGUGUCGGACAACUGGCCGUACACUAUGUUCUCGCAAAACCACCACAAGUCAGAGCCCCAACAGGUCGAGUGCUCGCUAUGUCAGCGCAAGUUUAAGAAUAUACCCGCUCUUAAUGGUCAUAUGCGACUACACGGCGGGUAUCUUAAAAACCAGUCGCAAAACGGUGUGAAUACCAGUGCUAUAAGCAGUACGAAGAAGGAGACCAAUAAUAAAGUGGACAACAAUCAGAUGAACGCAAACGUCCGACAAAUUGUGGAUCUCAUCAAAGAGAAGAUCUCCAGAAACAAAGCGGCGGCUUCUGGGGGACUGUCCAACAGCUUAGCCCCUCCGCCGCCCCCACAACAGCAACAGCCGAGCAAUCGGUCCGCACAGCAAACGCCGUCUCAAGUAUCGCAUAUGUCGUCCCAUCAACAACAGCAACAGCUGCCACUCAACAGCCCAAUGGCGCCCAUACUGUCUCCGGUGACACCCGUCACCCCCACCACCACUGGCAACGCCUCCAGUUUUAACUACGAUUUCCAUCACUCGUCGGCCAAUGACCUCCACUUCCAUCGCAACGACAACAGCCUCUACUACGACAACCAAUUACAGCUACAGUCACUUAAGGAACAGCUGCAGCAGACGCAACAGUUCCGGAUGCCAUCCCAGCCCCCGACCAUCGCUCAGAUACGCUUCCAGUCGCAGGAGCAGAGGCAGCACCAGAGCCGCCGCCACAGCGACUCCAGCGAUAUUGGCUGUAAUGAUGUGUCGACCGGUGGUGUGGGGCCCGGAGGUCCCAAACAACAACAGCACAUGUCGUACCCCACGAGUACGGACGACGACGAGUGCUAUUCGUCGCAACAGUUCAAUGAUCUGCUGCGACGGCGCACUCAGAGGACGUGCUCCGACCCGGGAUCCGAUCAGCCGCUGAUGACGAUCAACACGGCGUACCAGCCCUCCCAACACCACAGUGUGUUUGGUCACCAGUACUACAAUCACUCGCAUUCGGUGCCCACGACGCCCACCGUUUGUCACAACAGCUCAACCCUUCAGCCCCACUCACUGCCGUCGACCCCCACCGCUGGCGCAGCUCCCGUUAACUUCGCCCACUCGCCGAACCACAGCCAACGGGGUUCCCAACCCAACACACCCACCGACGCCACCGCCCAACAGUUCAACUUUAUGACAGCGGCGUCGCCUAUAAACCACGGGUCAGUCCACUCGCAAUACUCGACGUCCCCUUCGUCAGUGGCCGCCCAGUACUCGCCAAACACGCCAUACUCGCCAUCGCAUACGACGGUACAGCAGUUUACGUAUACCGUACCCCAAGCGCAGCCCCAACAACAGCAACCGGUGGUCACCGGUGUCUAUGAGGAGCGCAUUGACGACACCUACGAGGACUCGCAAAUGUACGACGCGAUCACCGACUAUACGAAUACCGGUGCCGUCGCGCACACCAUAGCUGACGAUAAUUUUAAUUUUGAUAACAACAUGAAUGCCGGCGCCCAGUACUUCGAGCCUCAGAACCAGAUGAUGGCCGACACGGAGUCCAAUAUGCAAAUGGACGACCAGCCCAUCGAGCAAAUGUCCAUUGAAUCCAAACCUCAGCAACAGAUCCAGCAGUUCUUCAGCAACUUCGCGACCGCUAACACUAGUCAUGAAUACAACCCAAUCGUCACCACGACUUCCAAUUACGUCCAGAACUCGAAUUACUGGACCCAGUCUUCGCUCACAAACGCCGUUCACAUGAGUCCGCAAAUGAAACCACAAGUCUUACCACAACAUGUCGACCAACACCUGAUGCCAAAAGAACCCACAAACCAUCACAUGAAUGCAAACCAUUGCUACUCCAUGUCUACGGCGCCGGUCAUCACCACCACAUCAAUGCCGGCGCACUCAUCGAUCGUUACCGGUAUGUCAUCACAUACGCCAAACAUCGCAUACAUCCAGUCGUCGCCAUCACUACAUCAGCCGUCUCUGUCGAGCGCCGGCGGCAGUCGUCACCACCGGUCGGCGCCGCACAUCAGCAGCACGUCAUCGCCGCCCCAUUUGGUCGUCAACUUAGAGAAGAUCGACGAAUGCGAUGAAGAGGGGGACGACGUGUUCCUGAGUCCCGUGGGUUUGGCGCCGUCGCCCAAACGCUCGUCGCCCGCCAUUUCCUCGUGCGUGGCCUCACCUAAGCGGCCGAAGCACCGCCCGGAGCCCCUGUAUAUACCGCCCCACGUGAACACCUGUGGCUAUCAGUCGCGACUGCGAUCGCCGCGACUCUGGGAUCCGUCGGUAUUGCCCGACACGAAGAAUCUGUCGCCGCCUCCCUAUACGCCGCCACCGAUGUUGUCGCCGGUGCGCUCCGGGCCCGGACUCUUCUGGCAUAUCAUCAGCGGCAAUAUGACUCCCAAGAGUGGGGCCGCCAUUCAGCCCAAGUUUGUGUAUUCGCGCAAAAGCUCGUCCGACGUGAAGGAGGAGGUGUUGAGCCAAUCCGUGGCUCAAACCCCCACCACUGCCUACGAGCCGUACGACUGCGAGAUACCGGAGACGGCAUAUGAGACCGACAUUCAGCCACACGUUAACAUUGGGCCCAGUUUUCAGGCGCGGAUACCGGCGUUCAAUAAGAACAAGGAUGAGGCCAAGUAUCGGACAGAUAAGGGAGACCUCGUGUGGGAUCCCAGUGUCGCCGAGUCCCUGACCGCCGAUGACAUCGAGUCCUAUCUGGAGCUGUCGUGCUGUGCGUGCGUUCCCGGUUCGGGACGUAAUAAGGAGUACGCCAUGCAUUUGCUGUAUAUAUCCAACGGUGACAUACAAGAGGCCAUUGUUAAGCUACUGGAGCCCCACCCUACUAUUUCUGACGGACACCCGCUCUCUGAUUAUCACUACCCGGAGAACGACAUUUGGGUGCCCCAGGAGAUCGAGUCAUACCAGUGCGCUCUCAACAAAUGUGAUAAAGACUUCUUUAGUAUAGCCAAAGAGGUAUGGGAUCUGUUGACCACUAUUUCGAUCAGAAUCGGCACCAAAUCCGUGAAGCAAUGCAUCCAAUUCUACUACAUGUGGAAAAAGGUGUGUCCCGAAGAGUACCGGCGCUUACGUGUGAUUCGCCGUAAACGCGAAAACGAGACGUAUUUCUAUAACUUGCGGUCAAAGGAGGGCGAAGACAACCCCACAAACCAUAACAACAAUAAUAACGGGAAUAACAACUCAAUUAAAUACGAGACGGACUUCGACGCGGACAACAACAACGACACGGAUUGCCUGACAAACGGCGGCUCCGGACUCGGCGUCAACAGCGCCCAGUCGUCGGACGUCGAGGACAACGUGUCGUCGUUCUUGGAUUCGGCGAACCCGAGCCCCGCCACGAGUGUGGGCUCCCAGUUGGGUGACUACCCGUGCAAACUGUGCGGCAAAGUGUUCCAGAAAGUGAAGUCCCGGAGCGCCCACAUGAAGAUCCACGGCAGCGGCGCCGCCAAGUAUUGACGCAAACCUCACUUUAAAUGAUUAAUCAAUUUCUAAUACAAAUGUUUGCAUCGAAACCACAUUUUGAACUCAUUUUUUCAAAUUCAUUGAUGUAUUCAUUGAAUACAGAAAUCAAUGAUUGAAUCGUAUGUAUCGGCGCCUCCGAGAGCCGACGUAUUUUGCGAAACAAAACACAUCAUUAUAUUUGUGUAUAUUUUUGACCCCUUUUCUCAAUUUUUCAUUAUUAUGAGACUUCCAUCGCCCGCCCCCUAUCAUUGCGCGGUUAACACUGUUGCCAUUUAUUUAUUAAAUUUAACUAUAUAUAAAAUAUAUAUAUAUAUUAUAUGAGUAUAUAAUUAAGUUUAGGAGAUGUCUAUAUAUACAUAAAAAUGAAAACUUUAUUUUCAAAUAUAACUAAUUGAAUGGUUUAUGAAAAUUUCCAAUUCUAUACACUAUUUGAUGGACAAAACUGUUGUGUUUCUCUCCCUCUCUCUCUCUCUCUACUCUCUC